GGCUGGAGCAUGCGGCAGCUGGCAAUUUCUGCGCAGAACGGUUGUCCGCUUUAUUUCCUGACCUAGGCUGUUUCAAGCAGGUCGAAGACGUGAGCAGAGACCAGCGCAAGCGAUGGCGAUUCCUCUCAUCAUGGCUGACCAGAGUUCACCCGUCGAUUUCAUCUCCCCCUGUGGCGAGCCAUGAGCUUGAGAAAUCACUCUUCACGCGGCCAAAAGAACGGAUGGAUCGAAGCGCGUCUGCAAAGUGAACUGGUUGCAUGCAUGUGUGUGGUACACGGAUCACGGUCUAAGCUAUUCUUUGUCUAUUCCUCCGGCCCCAGAUCGACUACGUAGACGGCCUGCUGAUGGUGCUUUGACAGCUGACUGGAGCGUUUGAUAUGUCUCUGCGCGCGCACCCAAUAGGAGCGCAAGAAUGGUUAUCGGUGGCCACGAAUGCCACUGGGCGUAGAUCUGCCCAUCCCCGGCACCAUUGUCAAUCUCACGCUGCUUUGGACGCACACAUAGCAUCCCCACAACGUGAAGGACGUCAGCCAAAAGCUGUUGCCACUUACGCUCUCCACCUUCUCAACUGGGAUAAUGAGCCUGGGGUCUGAUCUUCAUUACCGACCCAUCGAACAUGCGAGGCGCUCAAUGUCACCCUCUUAUCGUCCUCGCAGGCCUGUCGCGUUGUAACCACGGUGCUUCUAGAUUGCCGCCGAUCGUCCGACUAACCGCUGCUAUGCGCGCUUGCUUCAUGAUACAAGUACUGAACGACCCUGCCAGUAUCGCUCGCGGUUCUUCUCAAGCGCCCUUUCGCCCAUCUUUGCGGUCAAAAUGGCGUCUCACGAGGACUACGACACAAAAGCACCGAUUGAGGCCACUCCUUCCAACGAGAAGCAAUCGGAAACGAUCGAUGAGAAGAAGGCCGGGACGGUGAUCGUGAAAGGCGAUCCUGAGGGCUACGAUGGAGAGCUACCAAAGUACAGCCACGAACACCGUAGGGUCGUCGACACGGCCGAGGAAAUCACCACGGCCGUCUUGCAUGUCGAGGAUGAUCCGACCCUUAACCCAUGGACCUUCCGCACUGUCUUCCUUGGUCUCGGUUUCGCCGUCUUCGGUUCCACUCUUCAAGAGAUCUUCUACUUCAAGCCGCAGACAAUCUACGUAUCCGUAGUGUUCUUAACCGUCCUGGCAUACAUCCUCGGCGAGGCACUGGCGCACUUCAUCCCCCGGAAAGGAGCAAUUGGUCGGCUCUUCAACCCUGGCCCCUUCAACAGCAAGGAGCACGCAUGCAUUACGCUGAUGGCGUCCGCAGCUGCCCAGUCCGCGCUCUCUACCGAAGCUCUUGCAGCUCAGCAGCUCUUCUACGGCGGCUUCCCAAGCCGUGCUGCUGCAGUCUUCAUCACACUCUCUUCCCAGCUGAUCGGGUACGGCGUCGCGGGACUGCUUCGCGAUGUGCUCGUCUAUCCUUCGAAGAUGUUGUGGCCGUACAACCUGCCGGUCGCCUCCCUCCUGGAGUCUCUCCACCGUGACAAGGCGGAGACCAAGCGCAAGUUGAAGCUCUUUUAUUGGGUGUUCAUUGCCAUCUUCCUUUGGGAAAUUGUGCCUGAGUGGAUCUUCCCAGUCCUUGAAGGUUUUUCGAUCUUCUGCUUGGCAAACCAGCACAGUUUAGUCUUUACCAACCUUUUCGGCGGUGCUAGCGGCAACGAAGGUCUCGGUUUCUUAGCCGUCAGCUUCGAUUGGCAGUACAUUGCUUCUCUGGGUUCGCCAAUGUGGUAUCCCUUGUACUCGUUGACCAACUCGCUCAUCGGAUACCUUCUUUGCAUUGUAGUCUUCAUGGCCGUCUACUAUGGCAAUGUUUGGGGCUCUCAAAAGUAUCCAUUCCUGGCUCAGGAGCUGUUCUACCCACAGGGGUCAAAUGGAACGUACUACAACGUGUACAACCAAACACUUAUCUUGAACAGCGAUUUCGAAAUUGACAAGAAUCUUCUUGCUCAGGAAGGUACUCCUGCGUUGACCGGCACGUACCUGGUCUACCUCAUCACGAGCAACAUGGGCUUCACUGCCACCUUCGUUCACAUGCUCCUUUGGAACUAUGAUGAUAUUAAGGCUGGCUGGGCCUGGGCUGCGCCAAGUAAUCUGGCAAAGCUUUUCAAGAAGGAGACCUGGCAGUUCUGGAAGCAGAAGGAGACUCCAGAAGAGCGUCUCGAGCGCAAGCAGAACGAUCCUACCAUUGACCCGCACUACAAGGUUAUGCUCAAGAACCUGUACAGGGAAGUGCCUCUUUGGUGGUGGGGAUCAAUUGUCGUGAUUGCAUUCAUCAUGGGCAUUGUUUGUCUGUAUGUCAUGAAAUCUACACUUCCCUGGUGGGGCUUCGUCAUGAGCUUGAUCUUCAGCUUCGUCGCGAUGUUGUUCUUUGGAGCUCAAUUCGGUAUCACCGGAUUCCAGUUCAACACCCAGCCAUUUUUCCAGAUGAUUGCUGGUUACAUGUUCCCAGGCAGACCAUUAGCCAACUUGUACUUCACCUGCUACACCUACAACGCUUUGCAAAUGGGUCAGGUGUUGGCACGCGAUCUCAAGCUUGCGCAAUACGUCCACUUGUCUCCACGAUCCACAUUCACCGCCCAAAUUCUUGGCUGCGUUGUAGGCGCUCUUAUGAACUACUCGAUGAUGUUGACAAUCGUCGAUAAUCAAAGUACCAUUCUUACUUCUAUUGCGGGUACCAACAUCUGGUCCGGCCAGAACGUCCAGCAAUUCAACACACUUGCCAUCGCUUGGUCGAUUGCGAGCGACAUGUUUUCUUUCGGCGCCAAGUAUCAAUGGGUCACCAUCGUGUUCCUCCUCGGCUUUGUCGUUCCCGUUCCUUUCUGGCUUGCCUAUCGCUACACUGGCUGGCGCGUGUUCAGGUAUCUCAACACGUCCAUUAUUCUCUGGUACAUGGGCUGGUUGUUUGUCGGUAUCAACUCCUCCAUCCUCAGCUACUUCGCGAUCGGCUUCUUGGCCCAGGGCUGGUUGCGAAUUUACCGCCCACAGUGGUUCGUAGACUACAACUACCUACUGUCUGCUGCCCUCGAUGGUGGCACCCAGGUGAUGGUCUUCAUCCUCACCUUUGCGGUCUUUGGUGGCUCGGGCAACGCCGUCAAGUUCCCCACUUGGGCAGGCAACCCCGAUACGUCUGUCCAUAAUCUAGACUAUUGUAUGGUUAAUCCUGCUGUGUCUUCCUAGAUCGUCUUCCUCGAAGAUCGCGGAAGCGACCCGAUUUCUACAUAACGCAAAGUCGGAUGACAAAAGCGUAGGAAAAGAUAGGACAAUAAUCAAAAUUAUUCAUGUUCUUGCCCAUGUAUUG